AUGGCUGAUCCACAAUUUCAAGAGUUCAGCAAACACUUUGAUCUCAUGCCUCAACAUAUCAAAGCUCCUCAACAGUGUUAUAGACUGGUUCCGGACAUUGACAUCGAUUUGAUUGACUCACCAAAAGAAGAAAUUAACAAAACGGAUAUGAAUUGCAAAACUGAAAACAAUUCAUUUGAAGGUCUUUGGCAGAUAGUGUCCAACACUAACGGCAUUCCUCUGUGUGAGGAGCUGUCAAACCCUCAAAUCAAAUACUAUUCCCAAUCAGAGAAAUGUCUGAUACGUCAGGUGUCGACGAAUAUGUUUCUGGAAAUCAGAACCGACGGAAGCGAUGGAAAGCCUGUUUCACUGAAACUCUUCUCUCGUGACCCGACUCUUAACACAAGUCAAUCACCAGAUGAGGACGACUCGUCCUAUAAAUAUGGCAGCGAUUCUGGCAAUUCGUCGGCAAUGAGUCCCACAGACGAGUCGAUCACUUGUCUCAAUGGGAUUUCCUCACAAAAGAGAACCGAAAAACUGAAAUCAUUGAAAGUAUUAGAGGCCACACAUCGAGGUCUCUAUAAAUUUAUUCCCAGACAUAGCGACGAACUCGAUAUAGAAAUUGGAGAUCCAAUCCAUUUGCUCAAAGAAAACGAGGACAUGUGGGGCGAAGGCAUUAAUUUAAGAACUGGUCUCAAAGGCAUCUUCCCAUCAGCUCUGGUCACAGACGUCGAGUAUUCGGAGUUUGUGGUCGAAGCUAAUGGUGACGAUUCCCUACCAAACCUGAACUUUAAAGUGAAAAAAGAGAGAUUUGCGUUGGACUUCUUGGGUUCUGUCGAAGUGACCGAUCAUAAAGGGAAUCCAGUCUUAUGUGAAUCUGUGCGUCGGGUGUUGGACGCAAAGCCAUCUGAUUUUGGGAUGAAUACACCCCAACCCUCUAUACUAGAGAUCAGUGAUUUAGGGCUCAGAAUGACUGACAACAAACCCGUCGCCACUAAUAGCAACAGCAAAGUCUUAAACCACGACUACUUCUUCGCUUUAAAACACGUCACUUUUUGUGGCUUUUAUCCCAAAGACAACCGGUAUUUUGGUUUCAUUACCAAACAUCCCAUUGAGGACAGACUGGCCUGUCAUGUGUUCAGAGGCUGUGACUCUACCCGUGAAGUAACCGAAGCGGUCGGUCGUGCGUUCCAUAGGUUUUACAACAGAUUUAUUGAACUCUCGUAUCCUAUCGAAGAAUUUUAUUUUGAAUGA